AUGGCUGUGCCCUUCUGUUAUGAGUCGCCCAAACGUGGCCAGCGCAACUCCGGUUGCGAAGGGCUCUGGGCAAGCUCAGGUGAUGAUGAAUGGUAUAUCUGGGCCAACUACCUCAUCGAAUAUGGAGCCAUCCUCCAAGUGGAGAAUCUGAGCUUGUUUCUGAAGCCGUACAAGGUGCACAGGGCCGUCCAAGCGAUCCCAACUGCAGUGGAGGGUAUUGUCAAUGGUGGCAAUCAAUCUGUGAUGGAAGGAUCGCCAGCUGCGAAUGACGCAGUUGAGUAUGCCUCAGUGAGGUCGUCUGCAAGCCUGGAUGGUCGGAGAGACCCUCCUCUGGAAGCCAAUGUCCCGACGACACCCUUGUUUGAUGAGCGAGUGUUGAGCAGACUGAACCAGAUGCCUGCAGCAGCUCCACAUUUGUAUGCAACGGAUGUUGGAGUAGCAGACCAACCUCGCCCUUCUUCGGUAUCGUCAAGUGACAUCCAAGCGGAAGUAAGACGCCAACUGGGAGAAAUGAUGGCUCUUCAUGAAGAUGAGAGCAAGCGGCUUCGAGCCCAGGUUGAGAGGCUUGCGGCAGAGAAUAGGAGACGCGUCCUCUUGAACUCUCGCCGCUGGGUGGUGCACUUGUGCUCAGGGCCAUCCGUUCCAGGACAUGUUCAUCUGGACGGUGGCUUCAAUUGCAAAGGGUCAAAGGUAUGGAUGUCCUUUGAAAAGUGGAAAUGCAUUGCGACCAACUUGAUUUGGGAAUUUGACAACAGUUUUGAUCCUGUGCGCAAGGAUGAAGGUGGAGUCCGAACUUGGACUCAUGCCAUGCGAGCUCAGGUUGUUCGCUCCCUUGAAGGACGGAGGAGAGUUCAGUCCUGUGAGAUCCUGGACGAGAUCAUAUCUAAGGGUCUUCGGGGAACUAGGGAAGUGACACAUGUUGAUGAUGAGGAAGAAAGGUUGUUGCGAGCCUUUGAGGAGGAGAGUGUAGUCUCUUCAUCUGAGGAGGAGCAGGAGGAGGACCAGCCUCGAGUUGUGUCAGAGGAGUUCCAAGCUGCAUGUGCGCUCAAGCCGUCAGAUCUGGCAGGAUGGAAGGCCCAUCUCGAGAACGGAUCCCUGCCUAAGUCCGAUCCCACCGCCACCUCGGACCUCUACGGUUUAGGCCCCCAAUCUCUAGUGCCGGAUGAGUUGGGGGAUUAUGAACCUUCUGUCGCGGGGCGAGAACCUCAGGAGGAAUUUCCCGACUUGUGGGAUCUAGAUGAGGACUGGAGGGAUAAUGAGGAGGACUUGCAAGAACAGUUGCUCUCGUCUUCAAUAUAUGCAGUGGAUGGAGUUGAGUGCGUUGAACCAGCCUCUGGAUCCUCUGGUUUCGGCCAACCGACUGGCCAAGCAGAGGGGUCUCCGUGUCUUGAGGAUUGGGAUGAAGUAAUUCCUGAGGAUAAGGUUGAGUUUGAAAGGAUGGUUGAGGAACUCAGCCAACCUACAGAGCAGGUCGUCCUUAGGUACUUCGUUGAGCUUAGGUCAAAGUCCGGAGCAGAUGUUGCGGACGCGGUUCAAAGGAUGGUUCUUGAGAUUAACAAGUUGUACCCGGUGCGGAUUCUGCAUUGCGAUUUGGGCACAGAAUUCUUGUCUACGAAACUAUCCCACUGGCUGUCCAGCAACUCGAUUAGACUACAGCACUCCCUGCCGGCUGAUAAGCAAGCCAAUGGACUGGCAGAGCGUACGGUUGCCUGGGUAAAGUCAAGAUCUAGGACCCUGAUUGGUUCCUCAGGAGUUGAUGUGCAGUAUUGGCCUCUAGCUGCACGAUGGGCCGUGGAGUCCCAUAACAGGAUCCUGUUAGGAAAAACCAGGCUCCCAAUGUUUGGUAAUAACGUCCUCCACAGGUUGAAGAAGCCCAGAGGUGGCCUCAAUGACUUGAUGUCAAGAUGGGUGAUGGUUAGGUAUAUGUGUCCUCACUCCGUGAUCCCUGAGGGUCAUGUGCUGCUGACACCAGAAGGGAACCUGGUUGCAUCCAAGGGUUUCCGAGCCAACACCGUUGACCCAGAGGCCAUCCCUGGGGUGACUCCUGCCACUCUCCAGGACCUGCAAGUUGAGCAUGAAGAUGGAGCAGGUGUUGACACUGCUGUGCCGUCUCGUAGGCUCCGUGCAAAGACGGCUGUGAGGUUUCUGGAGGUUAGUUGCGGAUCGGCAAUCGAGACCAGAGCUUAUGAAGCCUUGAUGUCACAAGACUUCUCCGAUGAAACUUUCCGAACCCUCUCAACAUGGUGCGUGGAAGGAGGGAAUCAUGUGCAGGACCGAAGAGGUGACUUUAACGGUCGAGCAGUGUUUGGUGCAUUUUGUCAUGGCGGGAAUAGAGGGGUUACUAAGUUUGCUUUGAAGUACCCAUGGUUAACUCAGUUCCUGAAUCAUUAUAUGAGGUUCAAACUGCAGACGAAGGGUGCUCCCAAUGAGCAAGCUUGGGCAUCUCUCAUGAUUACUCCGGCUGUGAACGUUGAAAUGCAUCGAGACUUCCGCAAUGAGUGGGGUUCUAAGAACAGUGUUGUCUGCAUUCCUGGCCCUGUGGACUUGUGGGUUGAUCAGUCCGAAGAUAAAAGGGUCAUACCGCUGGAGCCCCAUUGGAAUGAUGGUGGGACUCGUUCUAUGCUUGGUGCACCGAUUACCUUCGAUCCCAGGAGGAGACACGCUGUGCGUAAGUCUCCAGACUUACUCCUAGUUGCGUAUACCCCGCUGGGUUCAGGCAAGCUCCUAGACUCAGAUAGAGUUUACCUUGAGGCACUAGGGUUUUUUGGAGUUUCGAGCACCGAUCCUAAGGCAGAGGUUAGGGUUGUCUCCGCAUCUGGCAGAGGUCAAGGCUUGCAAGGCGAGGAGGAACCUGACCAGGAGGUGCAAACAGACCUGAUGUCUGAUCUUCAAGAGGACAGCGUUGCACAGGUAGUCGGUUGGGAUCCAGCAGGAAGUAACUCAACUAACGUUCCACAGUUGAAUCUUGAAGAGCGAGAUUUGUAUGAGUUUUUUGAUGAAAGAGAAGUCAGCCGCGCUACCGCAAGGAUGUUGGAGUACAUGGGUGUUGAGUCACCAGCUGAUUUGGCGUUUUUGUACUUCGAGGAUCUGGUUGAGUUUGGAGUAUCUCCCGAGGAGGCCCAGCGUGCAAUGAGGGGAAUUCACCCCUUAGGUACAAGAAGGCCUGAUAAUCCCACUCUGUGUGCACUUCGGACAGGAGAAGUAAGGCUCUAUGACCGUAGCCAGAGGCAGAUUCCUUGGGUGUUCCAAAAUCGAACGCUUGAUCAGCAGGCACCUGGUCCUCCAGUUCAAGGGUUGGGUAUUAAUUUGCCCCAAGGACCUGAUGUGGUACUGCGUGACAAUAGGGAUUGGUUGGAGAUCGAAGAGGAACGGAGAGAUGAUGUUGAGGAACUACGUCCCUCUGAGAUCUGUGUCCCAGUUCUCCCCGCAGAACCGUCCCAGUCGCAGGUCAUCCCUGAAAUUCCUAGUGGGUCUAAUGAUGUAGGCCCUUUCCCCUCUUUAGGGCAUGCCAAUUGGACGGAGGAGCAAGCUGAAAUGAUUCGUCUGCAGAACAUAUGGGAUUAUGAGUCUGAAGAUGAGUGGAAUCUCAGUGUGCAGGAGGCAAUGAUGAGCAUGUCCAACUGCAAUCCCGAGGUUCAGGUCUCUGGUCAGAGUUUAGAAUGUUCUGAUGAUGCCGCUGAGAUCUCAGUUCUCCCGGCAGAAUCGUCCCAGUCGCAGGUCCAAAAUGAUUAUGUAUGCAAGGCUAUCAGGUCCCCUACAGUUGAGGUUGCCAGUGAAGGUCCAGAGGUGAGCGCCAUAGGUGUGCCGACGUGGAAUCCGACCAGUGCAUUGGACCAUGGUACCAGAGUGCGUGACACCGGUCCUAAUCUUGGAGCCUCAGUUCAGAAGGUUGACGACACUAGCUACACGAAGGAUGUGGAAGGUAUUUUGAGCUCGUUGUCUUCUGGCUUGAGGGUUGUGCACAAUGUCUCUCCGAGUGAGGUUCGCCUUCACUUAGAAAGGUGGAAGGAUGCCGCACAGACAGAGGUUGCGGCACUGGAGACUAUGGGAGCAAUUCGAAGGCUAAGGGGCCAGGAGGCUCAACGUGAACUGAAUGUUCCGGGCACUCAAGUGUUGCCAGCGAAGACUGUCUUUACUGUGAAGCCAGGGUCAGCCGAGAAGUGGUUUCGCCGUAAAUGUAGGGUAGUGGGUUGUGGCAAUUUUGAAGUGAAAGAGCCCGGUCUCGAUGUCUAUGCAGGAGGCAUUCCUGCGGACGUACUCCGGACGUCCCUUAUAGAGUCAGGUUCAAAGGGCUAUCAUGCCUUUAUUACCGAUGUGCGUAAUGCUUUCCUUCUCGCCCCAAUACCAAUUAAAGAAAAGGUUCGCAUCCUCCUAAAGCCCCCGCGUGUUCUGUGUGAUAUGGGAAUCACCAGUCCUGAUGAGUACUGGGCGGUCGACAAGGCCAUGUACGGACUUCGGCAGAGCCCACGUUGGUGGGGAAACUUUAGGGACGAUGUGUUGAGAGAAGCUCGUUGGAGUUGUACUGGGAGGCAGAUGCGUCUGACGCAGUGCGAAGUUGAGCCUAACCUCUGGACGAUUGAGGACCUCUAUGGACAGAAGUUUGGGUUCGUGAUUGUCUAUGUGGAUGAUAUCUUAAUACUGUCUGAUAGGGCUCAUGCUGAUGCUCUACACUCGCAUAUCACCUCUCAGUGGGAAUGUACACCCCUACAGGAGGCGACAGAAAGUGAUCCAGUGACGUUUCUUGGUGUUGAUAUCCAAAUGGCGAGGGAUGCAAAGGGAACCCUGGGUUUCCAGCUGAGUCAGACUGGCUACAUCGAUGAGUUGCUGCGGACCUACAGCUUGAAUCCUAAAAGGAAGGUUUGUCCUCUUCCGAGAGAAUGGGUGAAGGACCUUCCUGAACCGGAGCAGUAUGAGCCGGAAACGCUGAGGAAGGCUCAGCGCAUUACUGGAGAGCUGCUAUGGAUCACACAGAGGACGAGGGUCGACUUGGCGUAUGCAGUGAGCCUUAUGAGUUCGUGGAGCACAAGAGCACCUUCAGCUGUCGUGAAGAUUGGAAUUCGUCUACUGGAGUAUAUUGGUUGGACCAAGGAUUACAAGCUUUCCUUAAUUCCUGAUCUGUCACAAGACCGCCGUGUUGUGGUGUAUACGGAUGCGUCGUUUGCACCUUAUGGAGGACUGUCUGUGACCGGUGUUUUGAUCAUGAUAAGCGUGAGCUUGAUCUUGAGCAUUGCCCAGGUGAUGUGCAACUUGCAGACGGUUUAA